AUGAUGAAUAACGGGAUUUACAACAAUCAUCAAUCCCAGUUGCAACAACAGCAACAGCAACAACAGCAACAGCUGCACAAUCAACAACAACAGCAACAACUACAACAGCAGUUACAUCAACAACAGCAGCAUCAACGUUAUAGUAAUAUUGCUUCAGCCACACUUCCCAACUCUUACCAUCCUCCAGCUCUUCCACAAUCUAUUCCGAACGCGGGACCUAAUUCAUACCCACAUUCGAAUCAAACUGCAACUUUGCCGGCCUCUCCCGCUCUCUCGAAUUCAUCACUGCAGUACACACCUCAGAUAUCUAAUGGAUACAAUCUUUACAACAAUCCUUCGAAUCCAUCCAUCACUCUUAACUCUCAACAUCAGCUACAUACCAACAAUCAAGGACUUUCGACGAAUAAUAGUACUGCAACCUUACCCAACACAUGGCAGAACUCAAUUCAACCAGGUCCUUCCAAUCAAAAUGCUCAAGGUCUACGUACGAUGGACGAAAUGAAUCAUCAACAACUUAUGCAACAAGCUCUCAGUCAGGUGAUCACUGCCAUCAGUUUGAAUGCUGACGCAGAUCGAUCUAAUCCAUCUCAUCCGAUUCGACGUUAUGAUCCUCGAACAAUGCCUAUCGACCCUCGUACUGGCUUAAGAUUAUCCGAUAGUACCAUGGCAGCUAUCGAGCAGACUUACUUGUAUGGGAAUUGUGGAUUGACUGAGCUCAAACUUUACAAAGAAUACCUUUUGAAUCAACGUCACCUCAAGACAUCAGAGCAACCAAAGCACUUCAAUGAUUCGCUUGCUCCUGUUGGUAAUUCUGUCAAUCCUGGUGGAGUAGGACAAGGAGCGAUGAAUUCGGCUGGUCUUCAGUAUCGACCGAUCACUCCAAAUUCACAACCUCAACAAUCAAUGCUCAAUCCAUCUCAUCAGCGAUUCUCUCAGCCUUCAAAUAGUCCCAUGAUGCAAAUGAGCUCAGCGACUUCCGGGCUUACAAGCAACAUGAAUGGAGCAGCAAUGAACAAUUAUGGAGCUUUAUUCUCUCCACAACAACCUCCUUCAGACUUUCCAAGUCCACGUCAUUCCAAUCAACGUUCACUUGGCCCACCUCCCUUACCCUCACAGCCGUCGCUAACUUCAAACAUGAAUAAUGCUAAUCUGAUAGGUAUGAUGAAUACCACACAUCCUGUCGCACAUCAGCAUCAAACUUCACCUCAUCCACCUCAACAUCCUCAAGCGCCGGCCCCACCAAAUCAACUGAAUUCAUCUACCUCUUCGAAUCCAUCUCUUCCCAACCCGCUUGGCAACUUUAACUCACAUCCGAUUCCUUCUCAAUCAACAUCCUCUACUCCAGCACAUUCAAACCAGCCACCGUCGCCCUCUAACUCGCAACGGUUCUCGAAUCAGUUGUCCGAAUACCUCAUCAAAGGUGGAAUGCCAGUCCCGUUUCCCGCUACGCUGGAUGGCCAGGUGGUGGAUCUAUACAAAUUAUUCAACGUUGUACAUUCUGCUGGUGGGUCUCAAAACGUCAACCGACUUGGUAUGUGGUCACAGAUUGCUACCGCCAUGGAGUUCAUUCCACAUAAUAGGAGGCUAUCCGGAUCGAUGGGAGGCGAAAGUAACGCCGGUUACAGUCAAGAACAACUUCAAGCCCUACAGAAUCUCUAUGGCCAAUACUUGUAUCAAUUUGAGCUUAUGCAGAUGAUGAGGAGAAAGCACGCGCAACAACAACAACAACAACAAGCUCAUCAGCAACAACUCCUACAAGCUCAUAACAAUCAACAACAGCAACAACAACCAUCGGCGAUGGGAUCGACAUUGCCACCACAAAACCAGCCCAAUUGGACCAACCCUAAUCCAUACAUGACCUCACCGGUUGCAUCCAUGCACAAUCAUCCUAAUAUGAUCAACAACAACCAGAUGCAGCAGUCUUUUCCCAACUCACACUCACAACCAUACGCCUCAGCUUCUACGCCUCUGAACCAAGCUAGCCCACCCGGCGGUCAUGGGACCAUCCCAAAUAACAGUAUCCCACCCACACCCACGUUAUCGUACGUCGGUCUGAACACGGGUGCAGGAACAGUCACUGGCACACCAGCGGAAAGUCGAGCUGGAAGUCCAGGUAGCGUAGCUGGUGGCCCAACUGAGAGUUUAUCGGCAACACCUGUCCUACCUCACAGUACUACCGGAACCGGGAAACGCGCGUAUACAAAGAAGGGAACCAACAAGAAUGCUAAAUCGGUGAGCGCCGCUGAGAAAAAGAAACGAUUGAAACAAGACCACGAAUCUUCGCCUUCGCCUGGCCUCUUAACGACCCCCUUACCUCCCAUGGGAACCCAGAAUGGGACUUUGAAUCAGGGCAAUAUGAACAACGAAGUUCCAUUGGUUCCUUCUAUGAACCCUACUCAACAGCCGCCAAAUCCAUCUCAGAUACCUCAGCCUCAAAGUCAACCAUUUCCCUCGCCAAUCGAUCGAAAUCCUGAAAAUCUUGUCGGCUCCCAAGGUCCACCGAAGCCUAACUCGAUGGAACGAGAACAUCAGAAACACAAUGAUCCUUCAUCUCAGUUUCCCCAUCAAUCUCCCUCUGGUGGUUCGAUCAUCCAGCUGCCGCCGCAAAAACCCAUACAAUUGCAACCGCCCAACACUCAGCAAAGUUUGGAAAACAAUCACUAUGCCCACAACCAGUCAGGUCCAACGCCCUACAACAACGCUCCAUAUCAUCUACCGCCUGGUCCACGUGCUACCACCCCAUCGGCAUUACCCACCGCUCGAUUGUCAAAUUCGCAACCUCGGCCUUCCAGUUCGCCUUUGAAAGGCACGCCUUUAAGCAACCCUCAUCAAGCAGAUGCCAAUGUCAAUGGACCACCUCAAAAUGCAAAUCAAAAUCCGAAAAUGAAAAAGGUGGUCCGAUAUACUCCUAUUGUGAAACCUAUGGAUAAUACUGGCGGUUGGGAUCUGAGAGAGGUAGAUGAAGUUUUUCAAAAAUCCUUUUUAGCGAAACCUAGAAGGAAUCUUGAUGAUCUGGGGUUGAUCGAUAUACGCUCAUUGGUGAUGUCACUCAAAUCACGACUUGCGAGUGAGGUUGCCCAUGCGCUUAACACGCUCACGAUGAUCGGUCCUCAUAUUCGGCUAUAUCGAGAUGACAAUACUUCGAACCAUGGGAUCUUACCCUUGCCAUUGAGUAUGUGCGAAGAUCUACUGGAAGAACUACUAGAUAUCUUGGAAGAAGUGGCUUUGUGUCCAAACGAAGAUUCAACAGAAGGUGGUCCAUCCACUCGCCCUCAUCCUAGUGAUAAGGAUUCUCAGGAAGGAACUACAAGUCAGGAGACAACCAAGGGUCAUGCACCUUUCGACUCUUUUCAAAAUAUGAUGGUUCGAGCAAUAGAUGAGUCAACACAACCUUCUAGUAGUCUAACACGUCGAAGUGGAUUAGUACGAGAGGCAGGAGAUUUGUCAAAUCAUGAUCUCAGACCAGAUUUAGGUCAAGUGGAAUUAAUUUUAAGUAUCCUAAACAUUUUAAGAUAUUUUGCAAUGUCAGAAGAUAGUGCAAUCUUUAUGGGUAGGAAUGAUAGAACAGCGAUGAUCUUAAUCAGUCUUUGUGAUUUAAAUUUAACAAGAUCACAUCGAUCGAUUCGAAAAACGUUAAACCUUAGUACAUUAGAAAGAUUACAAAUCAGACGAGAAGUUUUACAAAUCUUAUCUGAGAUUGCAUCUGGGAUCCAAUUAAAACAAUCCACCCUUUCAAUCGCACCUUUGAUUAUGGAAUUAUGUUUGUUUUUCUUAAUUGAUGCACCACAACAGAUCGAUAGGAGUCCGAUUGAAGUACUUCAGAAUGGUCAAGCUAAAGUACCUACCCAUGGACCUGAAGUUUCAUUUGCUAGUCAACUUAGGAUUCGAUCACUUUCAAUGGUACCGAGUCAUGUAGAUUCAGCACUUUGUUUGAUUUCAAGAAUCGCCACCUUGGAUUCGAAUCGAUUGAAUUUAAGGAUUUCAAUUCAUCAAACUAAAUCGAAUUCCAUUUUAAUUGAACUACUUGAAACCUUAACCAAACUCUUACCGAUCAGUGAUGAAGAACUCUUAUUGGCUUGUACAGAUGAAGAAUCUAGAACUAGAUUAGAAUUGAUUUCAAUGUCACUCUUUAAUAUAAUUUGUUUACAAUCCAAAGAAACCAAAUCCGAAUUAAGAUCAGGAUCAAGAUUAAUAGUUUUAAAAGUAUUAAUCAAGAUUCUAAAUCGGAUCUUAUUACCCACAAUAGGAGGAGGAGGAGGAGGAGGCGGAGGAAUAGAAGAUGGAGUAGGAAGUAUCAUGAUGAAAUGUCAACCGAUGAUGCAAGUGUUUAUUGAAAGAUUAGUAGAGAUUGUGAAGUUGAUUGAUGAAGAAACUGAGUUGGGUGGAUCAUUGGAUAAUUCGAUUAACCAUCGAAUCCAAUGGUUUGGUGGAGGAUUUGAUCAUCAAACUAAUCAAAACCAAAUGAAUUCGAAACCUAAUUUAAAUCAACCUAAGCUUUGGUCGAUUGAAAAUUCGAAUCUGACCGUUCAUCCAGAAGAAGGUUUAACCAAGAUGAAAGAAACAGAUGAGAUUAAACUUGAAGAGGUCUUGGACCGAAAGACAAAGGAUUUGAAUGGGAUUGCUGAACAUCAUCAUCAUGAUGAUGAUCAAUCAAUGGUCCCUUCAAGUUUGAUGGGAAACCGUCAAACUUUAAUCGAAAUCUUUUCUCAAUCGAAUUUAAUUUCUCCUUCUGUUUUUAGUACUUUAGCACAACUAAUGGAUGGAUCGAAAAGUGGUUGGUAG